CGGCUGCGCCGGGGAGCCGCCGCCGGGCUCCGGCGGGGCGCACCUGGAGUUCAACCUCACCGAGCUCUUCGCCUGGUGGCUCCGCGCCGGCGACGGGCGGCUGCGGGUGCGGCUGAUGCCCGAGCGCCGCGGCGCCCUCCCGGGCAGCGAGCGAGGGCUGUCGGCGGCCAUCCGCGCCGCCCGCCCCCGCCUCCUCUUCCACGUCUCCGCGGCAGGUCCGAGCCCUUUGGAUCACACAGCAAGGAGCCCUUCUCUUCCUCCUGGCUACUCUGCUUGGAACCUGACCUGGGUCAUGAGAGAUACAUCCCCUUUCUUCUCCCACAGAGGACGACACAUAUUUGACUGCAACUUUGAAUCUCCUUGUGAGCUGGAAUAUUCCUUUCCCUCAAAAGAUCAGGAAACCCCCAACAAUGCCUGGGUCAGACUGAAUGCGGAGGAAAUCUCGCAACUAAACCUCCCAGAUGGGCCAGACACAGAUCACUCUGAGAGCACGCCCAAAGGUUCUUUUCUGUUUCUCAACACAUCAGAGAGGCCAAGCCCCACCAUCCUGAGCCCUUGGCUGAGGAGCAACAGUGAUCAAUGUGUGGUUCAAGUGGCUGUGUACAAGUUUUACCAGCAGAGUGGAGAAUAUAUUGCUCGUGUCCAUCCCAUUGAUGAGAGCAGCAGUGAAAUCCUGUCAGAGGACAGUCCAGAGAAACACGGAUGGGUGUUGCUUCAAAGGAGAGUUGGACACCUGGAGAAACCAUUUCGGAUCUCACUGGAAUAUGUUCCUAAUGGGAACAAGAGCCUGGCAGCCGUGGAUUCCUUCGCCAUGAAGAACUGCAGUUCAGGAUCUGCCUCUCUCUCAAAAAUGGCUCUGGAGGGUUCCUUCAGCUGCUGGAAUGGAACAGUGAUCAGGCUGGGGCAGGCGUGUGACUUCAUCCAGGACUGUGCUGAGGGAGAAGAUGAGGGAGAUAUGUGCAGAAAGCUUCCCCCUGGCUUUUACUGCUCGUUUGAAGAAGGGGAUUGUGGCUGGACUCCAGGCUCCCCUGUGUCCCAGCCUUCUCCAUGGCGGAUUGGAAGCCCGGAGCAGAAGCGUUUCCCUUCCCUAGAAGGUUGUGCACUCCUCCUUAACACCAGCAAGGCACCAGCUGUAGCAAAGACUGUCAUGACCAGCACCGCAUUUCCAGCUCCUUUGAGGAACUCCCCCUGUGAGCUACGAAUGUCAUGGCUCAUCCACGGUGUCCUGCUGGGAAAUGUCUCCCUGGUGCUGGUGGAGAACAAGACGGGAAAGGAGCAGAGCUGGACGUUCUGGCAUUCCGAGAACAGCGAAGCUUUGGGAAUAUGGCAGUGGAUGAUCUUACCUCUCCCAGAGAUACUGGACAGGUUUUGGUUUCAGAUCACUGCUUCAUGGGAAGAAGGCUCUGAUGCCAUUAUUGCUUUUGACAAUGUCUCCCUUAGUCUGGACUGUUAUUUAACAAUCAGUGGAGAGAAGACACCUCGAGGUACCACUCCAGACUCAAGCAAUUUGCUCACCAGUAGAGGUGCCCAGAAGAAGUUUGGAUGGGAACAAAAGCUCCUGGGAAAUCUCCAGCUCAGCAGUGCCCCCUUUUCUGAUCCAGCAGAUCAGUGGCUGUUCACGACCUGUGGUGCCAGUGGACCCUACGGCCCCACCCAGAGCCAGUGCAACGAUGCCUACAGGAACUCCAAGCUCAGAGUGGUGGUGGGAGCUGAAGGGAUUCUCCAAGGCAUUCAGAUCUGGAGAGUACCAGCAACCAACACAUACAGCAUCUCAGGCUAUGGAGCUGCAGGUGGGAAAGGAGGGAAGAACACCAUGGUGCGGUCCCACGGAGUGUCUGUGCUGGGAAUUUUUGACCUCCAGAAGGAUGAUACACUCUAUAUCUUGGUGGGACAGCAAGGAGAAGAUGCUUGUCCUAGUACAAAUGAUGUUAUCCAGAAGGUCUGCAUUGGAGAGAACAAUGUGAUUGAAGAAGAGAUUCGUGUGAACAGAAGUGUCAAUGAAUGGGCAGGAGGAGGUGGUGGUGGGGGCGGUGCCACUUACAUAUUUAAGGUAUGGAAACACAGUCCCCAUGUGCCUUCAGCAUCAACAUAUCCUGCCUCUGAAAAAUCCCUUAUGCACCUCAGGGAGAGGGUCCACAGAGUGACCUCUGGGUAUCCUUAA